AUGAAUUUCCCCCUCCUCAAGAAGCUCACCCUGUUUUUAGUUUCCAUCACAGCGGAUGCCUUCCACAGACUGCUCUCUGGCUGCCAUGCCUUGGAGAGCUUAUACAUGGCCGAAGUUCGUGCUGCGGGUUGGCUCCGUGUCAGCUCGCCUACUAUUACAUUUACGACCAUCAUCUUCCGUCAUAGCUCUAGUGAAAAAACGGAACUGGUCAUCGAAGAUGCUCCCUGCCUUCUAAGGUUACUGUUAACUGAUUGUAAGAGAGAUGAUUGUGUCACUGUCAGGGUGAUUAGUGCGCCUAAUCUGAAGAUAUUGGGCCCUUUCUUGGUUGUGGCCUCCAAGCUCCUACUCUUCCAGGGAAUAAACUCAGUCAGCUCCACAAACUCGAUGCGCACCUUGAAGGUUUUGGCUCUCAAGCCUUCUGGAGAUAAAUUGCUUGCAACUCUUAACAUCCUUAGGUGGUUCCCCUAUUUGGAAAAGCUCUGUAUUAUUUUUCAUAAACACUAUGAGAUGCAUGAGCAAAAUGAGCCUCCGUAUGACCCACUGUAUCCAAUCGAAUGCCUUGAGUCCCAUCUCAAAAAAGUGGUGUUCAAGUCAUUCCAGGGCUAUAGGAGACAGGUUGAAUUUGCCAGGAUCUUUGUAUUGAAUGCAAAGGUGCUAGAUAAGAUGGAAUUUGAAGUAUAUAAUCACUACCGCAGUGAAAUGGUGGCUUAUCAAUAUAGGCUGCUGCAAGUGGAAAACAGAGCUUCUCGACAUGCUCGGUUUGAAUUCAGGACUACAUCCAUGCCCAUAAACAUGUCCAUGAUUUCUCAGUGGUUGAACCCCUUCAGACCCAUACAUGGGGUUGGUGCCUGA